GUGAGAACCAGACUGAAACAAAUAAAUGCACCCCUUCUAAUAACUAUACCUUAAGAACACGGGAUUUGUGCCUUUAUUGCUUUACAAAAAAGUGAUAAGACCCAAGUUUGUACCCCAUCUGUGGAAACCACCACACAAGCCUUCUAAAUGCUUAUCAGGCCAGUGUUUUUAUAACUAAACUGACCUGAUUGACCCUUCCCUGUCAAAACAUGUGCGUCACAAUGUAAAGGACUUCCACAGAACUAAGAAGUGAACUUUGAAACAUGGAAAACAGGGUUUAUUGUGUGUUGAACAGUUAAGCAGUUGAUUCUAAGUAAAGAGUGGCUUACUGGGAAGAAGGAUUGCAGAAUGAGCUGAAACAUUUGAAGAAUGGCAAUGAGCACUGAGACACCAUUUGUCAACCCAGAGGGUGGUUCUCUGAUGGGACUCGUGCUGCUGGGUCGAAGACACGCUGGUAAGAGCUCAUUGGGAGACCUCAUCCUCGGACGCAGCGAGUUUGAGCCUGGGAAGAAGACGGCACGGUGUGUGAGGAGAUUUGGCUGGGUGUACGGCGUGAGGCUUGCUGUAGUAGAUACUCCAGGAUGGAGUCUCUUUGGUUUGGCUGAUGCCAAACUUGUGAAACAGGAGAUCCUGCGCAGUGUGAUGUUGGCCCCUCCCGGAUAUCUCAUAUUUCUCCUUGUUAUCCCAGUGGACUCUUUCAGCAAGUGGGACAGAAGUGCUAUGGAGAAAUAUCUGGGUAUUCUUGGGGACACGGUGUGGUCACACACUCUGGUGCUCUUCACGUGGGGCGAUGAGUUAAGAGGCAGCACUAUUGAAAAGCACAUUCAAAAGAACGGUGAACCUCUGCAGGAGAUCCUGAGGAAGUGUGGCCACCGGUACCAUGUUGUGAACAAUAAAUGUCCAGAAGACUUUAAUCAGGUCACUGAGCUGCUUAACGUUUUAAAGCAAAUGUGUGCUAGGACUGGUUGAACAUUGAAUGGACCUGUGUUUAGGCCCAUAUGUAAUGUAAUAUUUGCGAUUGUGUGUUGAGACAAUUAUUUGUAAUUAGGAUUUGUAUUUAAAUAAAAAAUAGCUAUGUUUUAUUUUAGUGAUAACUGUCCCACUGGC